CUAUUCUCCGCUUAUGUAUAUAGCACUUCCUGUUGAGUAAUGGCGUCCGUGUGAUAGAGUGCUACAGCAAAUAUUGAACAGGACCGAAGCUGUAAGAAGACUAUUAAAUCCACUAACUAAUAUAACAGAUUUAAGCGAGAUGCCGGUGUCAGUAGGAUCGUAUGGCCAGGCUCAGCCCAACUGCUUUGACCGAGUGAAGAUGGGCUUCAUGAUGGGUUUCGCAGUGGGCAUGGCUGCUGGCGCUAUGUUCGGAUCCUUCUCCUGUCUCAGGAUCGGCAUGAGGGGUCGAGAGUUGAUGGGAGGAGUUGGGAAAACUAUGAUGCAAAGCGGAGGCACGUUUGGAACCUUCAUGGCGAUCGGGAUGGGCAUCCGCUGCUGAGUUUACACUAAAAUUCACCUCUUUGGGACAUUAAAUAAUUUCUGGAUUAAUUGAUUUGAUGACACAUCUUCAAGGACGCAGGUUUCAAUAAAAAGAGGGAUUUUCUGUAGACCCUGAGCUCAUCGUAAAAUCUAGAUGUUAGAUUAUGAUCAUUUAAAUGCAGGUUAAGGUCAACCAGAUGGAUUUGAACUAGAGUUGCCUAUACAGUGACUCUUUGGUUGUUCAUCCUGGACACUACACAGCAUGAAUAGACUGUAUUCUGCUGUCAGAUUUUUAGUUAGUCAUAAAAACAGCAUUCACUGACCUUGAGGUGCUUCUACAUUGGUACCAUCUAAAGGGUUGACGAUUCCAGGGUAAUCUUUGCCGAAUGAAAGAUGUUUGAUGAAGUGUGUCAUGUUGAUCUACAUUAAAACCAAGAAAAUUCAAUGAGGUCUAAUGUGGAUGAUGGCAGACACACGUAAUAGCAAGUUCACAGCUUUGAAUCCACUUACAUUGUCCAGUCCAAAACUCUGCAGAUCAUGUACUAAAAAUAAAGAAAUGAAUAAUUAA